AUGACAGAAGAUGAUGUCUUUUCCCUUCGACCACACCGGCCCGGUGUACGCUCUCGUGGGUGGACAAAAUUUGGUGAGCUGUCGCCCGAUCUCAGUCCGCUUCCGUCACCGAUACCACUGCAGCAGCAGCAAACAGUAGUAGCACACCACUUGGGUUUCGCAAAGGACAGCUCACCUGACGUCCUCAGCUCAUCACCACUUCUCACUCACAGACCUCCUCCGGGACCGCCACAAUCGCGGGUAUCUGGAGACUGGCAUGAUGAAUCUCGGCUCUUGCGACGAGACGAAGACGCAAAGCAAAGUCACAAUGAGGAGGUGGCUGCGAUGCCAAUGUCCCAGAACAUUGUUGUGGAACUGCCGUGCUCCACUCUGAACAAGCCCAAGUCGUUAUACAUUGGAUUCGUUCCGCCUGCCCGUAGAGUGAAAGAGUCAGAAGCCGUCGCGACACUUCUGGACAUUGUCACACAAGAUCACUCGGAUGACUUCGUCGAAUUCCACCUGACCGACUUCACCGUCUACAUAAACAACGCACUUUACCCCGGGGAGAUGCGCCCGCUGCAACAUUUGGCGACCAGACAAUCUUCUGAUCGAUUCUACUUCGACGGAAUACUUUGCGUUGGUACCACGCGGCUCUUCGUGGAGAGGGUACCAUUCCGUGAGCUGCCGAUUGGCAACUACACCAUAUCAGAACAUACGGUCGGUGACCAGAUUUGGAUACGAUCGGAACUCAAUGCGGGCAAGGAGAUAUACUACAAGCUGGGAAAGCCUGCUGUAGAGUACGCAAGAUUCUUCGGCCCAUUCCUAUGGAUCGCGGACCUGACCAAGCACGUACUGGACUACUGCGAGCACCUCCAUGCCAAGAAGCGUAGAGUUGUAUUGCACGAUUUCCGUGAAUGCUUUGGCGACUUCGUUUCGUCGAUGCACCAAAAGUCCCCCGUAUUUCAAAAGUGGUUCCGGGCCCAUGGUUCUACCGAUUUCAGGGCAGCCAUCGUGGCCAAUGUUGACUUUAUCUGGAAAGAAGCCGUUGGUCUACCUCGUGUGGGCAGGAAGCUGACUUCUUGGCAUCCGUUCUGGCGCGAAGUUAAAGGCGACCGCUACCAACCAAUGAAGACAAAACAAACGGUUUACUCUGACACGACACAAGUUUCUGAAGAAGAUACUAGCUCUGAAAACACUGCAAAUCGGAAAACCAUCAAGACAGGCGCACCAGGCAACAUUGCACCAACCAUCGUAACACCAUACAUCUACAACUUGUUCAGUCACAUGGGUUUCGAUGUCAUAAUGAAGCCGAUGUCGCCGCAUAAACAGCUGGCUGAGGAUCAGCUCGCGCAGGCACAGGUUACUGGCCACUUACGCAUGGCCACCGUGCAUGGUGCUGAUCAACAGAAAGGCGGUCAUGAUUUCGUCAAGUAUAUCAAACCCGGAGAUGUCAUCUCAACACCCCCAGACGCCGAGGGUACUGGCACCAAAUGGAAACGAGAGACCUCAAAGCAUCAUGGGUCAGACUACGUCUGGUAUGGCCUUGUUCAAGAGGUUCAUGUACGCAGCGCGCACCGUUCUUUUGACGUUAUAUGGAUGUACCAACCACGAGAGACUCCAUGCGGCUUGAUGAAGUAUCCAUGGGCAAGUGAGCUUUUCCUAUCUGACUCGUGUACGUGUGAGACAACACGUGUCGACGCGCGCGAUGUCCUUGCCACCCACAGUACUGCUUGGUGUGGGACAUCAGAAGAUUGUUCUGAUGCAUCACGUGGAGGCGCAGAGUUCUUUGUUCGACAAACCUACCUUCAAGAAGAGCACUGUUGGAUCUCAUUCAAAGAGAAUCAUCUAGUGUGCAAGCACCGGCAAGAAGGCGUCAAUGCAAGCAGAAGGUAUCAGAAGGGGGAUACAGUCCUCGCAAAGGUCGAGCAGCCCUACCUCCAAGCGUUCGUGGUAGAGGCGACAUACAGAGAAAGUGGGAAGCGGUGGGCGAGGGUUCGCCGGCUGCUACGACGAAGGGACAGGGACACAUCGAGGACUUUCCCGCCGAACGAGCUCCUCUGGUCAGACCAACUAAUCGAGAUAGAUCCUAAGAGGAUUGUCCGAACUUGUGUGGUACGAGCUUUCCAUGGGGCUGAUGAGAUACCGGCUCCUUACAGCUACAACGGCACGGGUGACGUUUUCUUUUUGACACGACGCGAAACAACUGGCGGGGCAAUCGAGACAACAGAACAUCCACGGUCCUUAAGUUUUCGACAAGGCUUUAAUCCUACUACUUCUCCUGCAUCGAUGAGACUGCGUGGCCUCGACCUAUUCUGUGGUGGUGGGAAUUUCGGUAGGGGCCUGGAGGAUGGUGGCGGAAUUCAAAUGCGAUGGGCCAAUGAUAUCUCCUCGAGCGCGGUCCACACAUAUAUGGCUAACACUGAGCCUGGCGUAUGUACGCCAUAUCUUGGUUCUAUCGACGAUCUGCUCGAGAAGGCGCUUCGAGGGGAUGCCGACGUGCCGCGACCUGGUGAGAUCCAGUUCAUCUCUGGCGGCUCUCCAUGUCAAGGAUUCUCGCGCCUUACGACGGCGAAAUCCCAAGCCACAUUAAAGCAAUGGAAGAAUCGCUCCCUCGUUGCAUCAUUUGCGUCCUUCAUCGACUUUUACAAACCUCAGUUCGGGCUCCUCGAGAAUGUCCCUUCAAUGGUACAGGGAGAAAACAAGCGUGAGAAUUGUUUCUUCUCGCAGCUGGUCUGUUCGAUUGUAGGCCUGGGCUACCAAGUGCGUAUCAUUUACGCGGACGCCUGGUCGUUCGGCGCUCCGCAACUGCGUAGUCGUGUAUUCCUCAAUUUCGCUGCGCCGGGUGUCAGGAUGCCUAGACCACCUACGCCUUCCCAUUCACACCCUUCGGAUGUUCGUAUGGGAAAGCUGGGCAAAAUGUCAAAUGGGCAACCCAUUGGCGAGAGAGUUCAUGUGCUCACUCCUUUCAAGUUUGUGAGCGCAAUCGAAGCCGCCGGCGAUCUUCCACACAUCCAGGACGGCAAGGCCGAUUUCUGCGUCGGGUUCCCCGACCACAGGCUUUCCCUCGGUAUCACAGCCAAGGGUCAAUCGCAAAUGCGGUUGAUUCCGUUCCAUCCCUAUGGCAUGAGAUUUGACAAGACCUACUUCGGGUACGAGGAGAACGGCAGGCGAUUCCCUGGGAUUAUGACAAUCAGCGACCGUGACUCCCAUUUCCCGAAUCCGAAGGAACUUCGAAUGCAGCCAGGUUCCAAGGGAUGGGGCCGCGUCCAUCCGCAUGACCUCUUUCGCACUGUUGUCACUGCUUGCAACCCUACCGACACGCGGACAGGUGUAGUAAAUCAUUGGCAGCAGCAGAGGCCGCUGACGAUAUUGGAAGCAAGGCGUGCCCAAGGGUUCGCAGAUCAUGAAGUCAUUCUUGGAAAGCCUCAUCAACAAUGGCAUAUUGUUGGAAAUAGUGUAGCUCGACAAGCGGCGAUGGCGUUCGGGCUUGCGAUCAGAGAAGCCUGGUUUGGGACGCUUUAUGAUGAGGGUAACACCAACGGCCUCGCCACAGAUCCGUUACACAAUCUUACAAUUGGGGGUGACUUCGGGAUAGAGUCAGAUUCGAGCAAGUCGAUGGAAGGUCAGACAAAUGAUCUACAUCUGGAAGCUCCCCCAGAGACGUAUUCGACUCCUGCUACCAGUGUGGGAGAGUCUGCAGACGAACUUUCAACACACAAUAACGGCCACAAUAGAAAGCGCCGCAGGACUACAACUCUCGUACAACUAUAUUCAAAAAGGCCUCUGCACAGUAUGGGAUGA